UUCGCCCUUGCCCGUUGCAAUUCCAGCGCCGCGUGCAACCUGCGACUUUCCUACAGGAGGGAAGAAACUGACACGGUUUGACCCCCACCCCCUGGGCCCUGACCCCCACCACCGCUAGCCAGCCAACCCCACACGCACUGCGACGCGCAAGGCGCAACCCAUUUCCUCUCCUCCGUUUCCUCGGACCCCACAUCACCACCACCACCGCCCGCCCAGAUGCAUCCGGCCGUCGAUGCGACCGCCUCCGCCGCCGAGCAGGCCCCCGCCACCCCCGCUCCCGAUCCCUCACUGCCCCCACCGCCCGCCGCGGCGCCUGAGGCGGCUGAUCCGCCGCCCGUGCCGGCGCAGAAGACCGUCACGUGGAGCGAGAAGCUCACGUCGGCCUCGCCGACGCACGUGCAGGCCGCCGCCGCCGCGGAGUCCAGCCAGUACGUGUCCUGCGGGCCCGCCUCCUCUUCGCCCAAGGGCGCGGUGGAGGCGAUGAAGGAGACGCUGUCGAGGUGGGGGAAGUCGAUGGGGGAGACGACCAAAAUGGUCGAGAGCCUCAGCCGCGACACGUGGCAGCACUUCAAGACAGGACCUAGUUUUACUGAAGCUGCUAUGGGACGGCUUGCUCAAGGAACUAAAGUUCUAGCAGAAGGUGGCUAUGAAAAAAUAUUUAAGCAAACCUUCGAAGUUCUUCCAGAUGAGCAGCUGAAAAUAUGCUAUGCAUGCUAUCUAUCAACAUCAGCUGGUCCUGUCAUGGGAGUCCUGUACAUUUCUACAGCCAAGAUUGCAUUCUGCAGUGACAAUCCUCUCUCUUACAAAGCUGGAAACAAAACUGAAUGGAGUUACUACAAGGUGGUCAUUCCUCUUCAUCAGCUAAGGACAGCUAAUCCUUCAGUGAGCGAAGUAAAUCCUGCUGAGAAGUACAUUCAGGUCAUUUCCGUUGAAGGUCACGAGUUCUGGUUCAUGGGUUUUCUAAUGUAUGACAAAGCCGUAACCAGUUUCAAGAAGCCUUGGCUAGUGCUCGUGAGUUGCAACCGUAGAUAUGAAAUGGAUGUACCAGUUGCUUCAGUCUCCGCAACAUCAUUGGGGCAUCUCCAGUUCCGAACCUGAUUCCUGAGCUUCUGAGUGUCUCCUUUUUUCAAAUCCUUCAUGCUGAAGCUUUUGAUACGAUACACUCACUAGCUUGCAUAGGUGUCAGAAUUGUUUCUUUUUUCUUGCCUGUGUUGUAAUGAUGAGAUACUGCAGCUGUCCAUUUAAAUGUGACAGUGUUGAAUGUAAGUUGAGAACCAAACAUCGGUCUGGCCAACUUGGAUGGAAUCGGGAGUCAAAGGGAAACAGCUCUUGGUUCAUUUUAUAGGAUUGGCAUGUUCAGAAUGUGUCUUGCAUUGCGAAACCGGUAAUUCAAAAUUUGUUUCUCGUUCA